UCGCGUUGCCCAUGGACCGAAGAAAUCGUCGAAUAUGAAGAUGGCUGCUGCCACUGAAAUAUUAAAUACCCAUACUGAUAGAGCAAUUUUUCGAAAGAAAAUGUAGGAUUUUCUGAUUUCCGACGCGUUUCAGCAAAUAUUAAGUAUGAACAUAAUGCGUAAAUUACGAGGGGGUACUAGUGUCGGAGGUAUGGGUUCCAGCGGUGCUGGUGGUUUAGAUGAUAGUGCAGGAGGUACAAAUCCUCAGCAUACUGCUUUGGGUCUUAUGCACCUUAAAAAACUUUUUUCUGAAUAUACCCAUCCCCCACAUCCCCUCUCGGAUGCUGAACGUGAUGAUAAACUAUAUAAUAUGUUGCCAUUAUUUUGUAAAGUAUUUGGAUCUAGUCCAGCAGGAGAUAUGAGUGAAAAAUUUUGGGAUAUCUUGGCAUUUACGCAACAAGUAUCUAGACUAAUGGUAUCUGAAAUUAGAAAAAGGGCAAGUAAUCAGAGCACUGAAACUGCAAGCUGUGCUAUUGUAAAAUUUUUAGAAAUUGAAAACAGUGAAGAAUCGAGUAAUGGUUGGAUGUUAUUGUCUGCACUAAAUUUGCUUGCAGCAGGUGAUACUUCCCUGAUACAGGCAAUGACUACUGCUUCUGUUCCAUCAACAUUGGUUAAAUGUUUGUACCUGUUUUUUGAUUUACCUGAAAUGAUUGACGAUGAAGCUGAGAUUACAGACACAAAUAGCGAAUUUACACCAAAACAACGUAGAAUACUUUUACAAAAAAUAUUUGUUCAGCUAUUGGUGAGACUGUGUAGUCACCCUUAUCCAGCAGAAGAACUUGCCCGUAAAGAUGAUCUAACUUUACUAUUCUCAGCAAUAACUUGUUGGUGUCCUCAUUACAAUGUAAUGUGGCGCAAAAGUGCAGCAGAAGUAUUAAUGACUUUGUCACGACAUGGACUUACUCAAAAUGUAGUAAGCUACAUUCAUAAUAAAGGAUGUAUAGCGUUAUGUGUUGAUAAUAUGCAACGUGUACCUGAACUGGCACCAUUGGAAGUUGUAGAAAUGUUUGUCACAGUAUUCUGUUUUUUAAAAGACUCUAGCGAGGUAUCUCAGACACUCCUGGACGAUUUUCGCGCUUGUCAAGGAUAUAUCUUUCUAUCAGAAUUUUUACUAAAACAUGCUCCAUCACGGUUAGAACAAGAUAACAGAGCAGAGGCACAAGAUGCCAUUCGGAAUUUAGUGCUUAUGCUAGCAUCUUUAACAAUGUGUGGACACACAGAAUUAAAGCCAAGUCAAGCUAGCAUGGGAUCUCUAUUUCAGAUGCUUGGUUUUACUUUACCACAACCAAGUAAUAGAGGAGGGAGUGUUCGAAAUAUUCAGGCAUUUCAAGUAUUACAAUCUGUUUUUGUAAAAUCGAAUUCACCUCUUUUAUGUUGUACAAUUCUUGAUGCAAUAUCUAGCGUAUAUCAUAGUGACAAUGCCAAUUAUUUUAUACUUGAAGGACAAAAUACACUAUCCCAAUUUGCAGAAAAGAUUCACCUAAAAAAUCGAGAAAUACAAGUAAAAUUCUUUCAGCUAUUGGAAUUUAUAGUGUUUCAACUUAAUUUUGUGCCUUGUAAGGAACUUAUAUCUUUAUCUAUAUUACUCAAAACAAAUAAUUCCACUAGCUGCAGUAUCUUAUGCAUGGAAACACUUCUUAAUAUCCUCAGGCAUAAUAAUAUCUUUAAGGAUGUCUACAGAGAAGUGGGUAUGUUGGAAGUCUUUGUUACAUGUCUUCAUCGUUAUGCAACUCUGCUUAAAGAUAAACAAGCUGCACAUGAUCAAGGAAUAGAAUAUAAAAUCUGCCCAGAGGAUGAACGAUUGGGUGCCUUAGUAAUGGAAGCCUUGACGACAUUGUUAGCAGGCAAUGUUCAAAAUGCUAAUGUUUUUAGGGAAUGUGGUGGAGCACGUUGCGCGCAUAAUUUAGUACCAUAUAUGGAUUGUCGUUAUCAAGCACUUGGUAUUGUUAGAGAAUUAAUACUUAGCGCAGGAGGAGAUGAUGACAUGGCAACUCUGCUAGCAGUCAUGCACUCAGCACCCUCUAAUGCUUUGGUAUUAAAAACACAUAUAUUAAAGUCUUUAUUGGCUUGCUUACGAGAGUCUCAUCGAACAAGAACGGUUUUUCGAAAAGUGGGAGGUUUUGUAUAUGUGAUGUCAGUGUUAGUAUCUUUGGAGGGUCAAUUAGGCAUGCAGAGAUCAGAAGACACUGAACCUUGUAAUGAUAUAAUAAAAAGAACGUCACAGGAAGAAGCCCAAUUAUUAGUCCUUUUACAUGUGGUGUUUCACACAAUAAGUACAGCUAUGAGAUUUGAACCAGCAAAUGCAAAAUUCUUUCAUCAUGAGAUAUGUCAGUCGAGUUUGUGUGAUACGUUACGACUUCUCGGAUGCUUCUCGACACAGACAAAGCUUACUGAAAUAGAUAUAAUACCAACUAUGAAUUAUCAUAAUGUGUUAUCAACGCUAUUUACUGGAAGCGUACUAGAACCUGUAUUUCCAGACAUUAUGCCAAAGACAUUAGCAUAUGCAUGCUUAUUACUACGACUUCUAUACGAUGUAGCACUUGACUCCUUUGACAAGCCAAAUUUGGCAGGUUUAGGAAUGAGAUCGCCAAGUCACAAACAAAACAGCGUUGAGCAACAAAAAUCUUUUGAUUCUCCGGGUAGUGGAAAGAGAAGCAUCAUUAAUUCUUUAAAUUUAAGUCCUCCUACUCCUGAACCAAUUGUUGUUCAUCCUGGCAUAGUUGUUGGAAUGUUACAUUUACUUCCAUCAAUCUCAGAACCAUCAAAUCCACAAGUAGCUUUAGCUUUACAAUUAUAUGUCGCUGAAAUCAUUAAAAGUUUAGUGCGUUCUGAGAGAAAUCAGCAAAUAAUGUGUGACGCUGGAAUGGCGGGUGAAUUAUUGUCUGUGGGCAGAAUCGCUUUACAAGAUGAAACACAUCCUUUACAUCAACCAUUACAGUACAUCAUAGAAAGACUUGCAGCACAGUCUUUAGAACCACGUGAUUUAAGAGAAUUUUUACGUUUGGGUGAUCCAUUGUGUUGCAUUUCGCUCGAUGAUAUUGAACCAAAUAAACCUCGAGGGGGGCCUGUACCACUAACUCGUAUUAAAACUUUAGUAUCAAUGACAACACCGAAAGAUUUUCGCGCCCACGGUUCUUGUACUUUACCACCUUUUGUAGAACUUGAUAUGAGUGCAGAAGGAUUUGCAUGUCUAUAUUUACCUAGUGUUGCACCACAAAGUACAACUCCGCCUACAGUUGUAGCUGCUGACAGUAGUGUACUUGGUGGAAUUGGUUCAGGCGAUAGAUUAUUUCCUCCACAAACUGGUUUGACUUACAGUACAUGGAUAUGUGUUGAUAAAUUUAGUGAUCCUAGAACUGAUCCCCACUGUGUACGAUUAUUGACAUUAGUACGUACUCCACAGUCAGCAAAAGAUUUAAUUUGUUUGACUGCAGUACUUAGUGCAAGAGACAAAGCUAUUAUUGUAUCCACACAAGAAACUGCAAUGCCACAAAAUGUAGGUGAAUGGGAACCAGAAGGGACUGGUGAAUGUGGUGCAAGGGUCUGGUGUCCUGACUUACUUGAGGGGCAGUGGCAUCAUAUAGCUAUCGUAUUAAACCGUGCUGUGUUAAAGAAUUCAAGUUUCUCAUUAUACUUAGAUGGUCAACAUAUUCAUAGUCAAAAGCUUCAUUAUAUUACACAAGUUCCUGGAGGAGGUGCAGCAAAUUUAACAGUGGCAUCUCCAGUGUACGGCUAUAUAGGAACACCACCUUGUUGGCGAAGGUAUUCAAGGCUUACAUGGAAACAGGGGCCAUGUCAUUUAGUGGAAGAAGUAUUUAAUUCGCAAAGCAUAGCAACACUAUUUAAACUAGGUCCACAUUAUAUGGGUAGUCUGCAAGCUCCACAACUAUCAGCACAAGAACCUUUAAUGUCGCUUGUUGCAGAAGAGAAAGUUGUGUUUGGAUUAAAUGCUAAAGCAAUGUCUCAAUUAACAUUAGCUAAAAUUAGGAAAGUUUACAGCCGAGCUGAUAAUAAAUCAAUUGCUAAACAACUUGGUAUGUCAUCGCACGAAAAUGCCACACCUAUUAGAGUUCUUCAUAAUUCAGCGGGUCAUCUUAGUGGACCAGCAAGAGCCCUAGGAGGUGUAGUUGUUGGUUAUCUUGGUGUUCGAGUCUUUAGUCCUCGACCCGUCGCUACAAUGAUUGAUAAUGUAGGAGGAUGCUCAGUGUUGUUGGGUUUGAUAGCUAUGGCUCAAGAUGUAGAGUCCUUAUAUGCUGCUGUCAAAGCGUUAGUUUGUGUUGUCAGAUCCAAUCAAACGGCCCAACAAGAAAUGGAUCGACGAAGAGGAUAUCAAACAUUGGCGAUGUUACUACGUAGGAAAUGUCCUCUUUUAAAUAGUCACAUUUUGCAUCUUACGUUUAGCCUUGUUGGUACUGUUGACAGUGGUAGAGAAACUAGUGCAAUCCCGAAUGUUAUGGCGUUUCAAGAUCUCUUAUGCGAUUUGCAAGUUUGGCACGAAGCACCAGGAGAACUUCUAAGAUCACUUCUAGAGCAUUUGUAUGAAUUAAUAGCAGAGUCAAGUGAAAAGCGAACAAAUUUACGUUUAAUGAGAGAUCUGCAAUUGGUUCAUAAAUUGUUGCAUAUUUUGAGCGAUGUAAAGCAAAGUACUACACGACAAAUUUUGCUCGCAUUACUUAGUAUUUUAUUGAGUCAACCUAGACAAGCUGACUUACUUUGGUUUGGGCAAUUUAUCGUAGCUACAUUACCCCAGAGUUCAGAAAAGCAUUUAAUCCUUCGCGAAAGUGAAGGGAAUAAAGAAGGCGAAGGAGAACAUAUACUGCUGAGAAAUCGUUGUUUGCAACUUCUACAUUUUUUAUUAUUUAAUGGCCCCAACGUGAAUGUAAAUAUGUGUGAAGAAUUAGCUAAAGUAUUAGGGUUAGACUGGAUAUUAUUAUUUCUUCAAUCUGGCCUGCAUAGCACUACAGUGAUAUGGGGAUUGCGAAUUUUAGUAGCUGUAUCUUCUGUACAACCAAUACUACAGAAAUUUAAGGAAGGAACCAGUAAUGGCGGAUGGUUACGUCAUACAGAUCAUAAUAAGAUGGCAUUAGCGCUUGGUUGUCACCAGCAAAUGUCAGGUGGUGAAUCAAAGCCAUCUGGCCUUCAUGUACCAGGAUUUCAACAUUUGGGAUGGUUGUUACCGCAACAUGUGGAUUUGGUACCAGAGUUGUACUUUCUAUUCAUUGCUCUUAUGAUGGGACAACCCGUCAAGUUAUUGCCUACCGACUCAAAAGUCAUUUUAAAACUUGAUUUGAAUAAUGUAUGGAACUUUCUAUUCGGCGUCCCAGCAAAUCAUACGCGAUCAUCUUUUGCUAGUAGAAUUAAUCUUUGUCCCGAGGCCGUGGUUACUCUACUAGCAAUGGUACGAACGAUGUUGAAUAAUUAUUCGAUAAACCCCGAAUCUUUGCCUGAAUGGUUAAGCGAUUAUCCAGUGACAAUAAUACAGUUCCUGUUCUUCCUUUAUCAUAAUUUCACUGACUUCGUGCAAGUGUUCAUGUCUGCAGAAGUGUUGGGUGCACUAGCUGGUACUUUAUUUCCAAAGCCUGCAAAUUCCAGUCAAGACAGCAGCGGAGCUAGUACUCCAGCAGAUGAGCAAGAACCAGUGUUGGUCAGAUCUCCGUCGAAGGACGUUGGUCUAACAACUCAUCCCGCAAAGAAGUUUGUUAUGGACUUUUUACGAGUUAUCGUAGUGGAUUCUCUUUCUUUACCAGUCACCGCGAAAUCUCCACCAGUUAUUGAUUUAGUUCUGGAAGCGUGGCCAGAAUAUGCCUCUACAGGGCAACAAACACGCUAUCAAACAGAAGUCUUAUCCAUUUUAAUGGAACACUUAUUAGUUGCGGAUGUUCUGAUCGGUGAUCAAGCAGCUUUACCUGUUGUUCCUGGUGGAUCAGUGAACAAUAUAACCAAUAAUGUGUGCUACGUUGCAGCCAGAAUAAUAGAUAAAUUAUGGCAGGGUGCCCUAACGAAAGAUCCGCAUGAAGUGUUCGAUUUUAUUGUAAAAUUGAUUGGGCAAGCAAAAAGACGACCUGGUAUUGUUAGUAUGGAGGGUCUUCAUCAUUGUUUAAAUAGAACAAUUUUAUUUUUACUUUCACGACCCACAGAUUCAAUAGCUGAUCAAAUGGCGGUGUUAGAAGCAUUGCAUAAACUUACCACUCACAGGUUAUUGGUUUUUGGCGCUGGUAAUCAUGAAUUGGAAUUCAUUGGCUGCUUAACCUACUGCUUAUUGCAGUUAACAGCUGACAUAAAAAUUAUGCUAGAUACUAAUGCGAAAACUACAUGGCACGUUAAUCCCCAAGUCGAAGCAAGUGACGAUAGACUGACAUCUCAUCAAGGUCACAAUUUGAUGGCUGUUGCUGCAACGAGAGUUUGGGAAGAAUUAUAUGUUUGUAAAAAGCCUGCUAUAGAAGAAGUUUUUAAAAUCACUCUUCCAGCACCUGUAGGUAACGAACGAGCUCCUGAAUUAUCUGUAGUGAGAGAUCAAGUACACGAAGCUGCAACCAGGCUUUGGUUAAAUUACGUUGUCAUGGAAAGAAAAGCUUCGUACAGAGUUCCUUGGGAACUUCAUAAUCAAAUACAAUCGAAAAUUCAAAAGGUAACCGGAGGUUUAACGAGACUGGCCAGUCGAACAAAAGUUAGGAAGGAAGAAUCCGUACGUGUUAGAUUAAGAUUACAUCAGAAUACUGUAGCGCAAUGGACGGAACAACAUAUCGCGUUGGUCCGGGAACUGGCUGCAGCGAAACGAUUGCAAUAUAUACAAACGAAUCAACAUACUCAACGUUACGUAUAUCAAGAAUGGUUACAAACCGAAACAGAACUAACUAGAGAACGUGGUCUUUGGGGACCACCGACACCCACUAGACUCGAUAAAUGGAUGUUAGACAUGACCGAGGGUCCAUGUAGAAUGAGGAAGAAAAUGAUGAAGAACGAACUCUUCUAUAUACAUUAUCCUUAUCGACCCGAGUUAGAGCAUCCUGAUAACAAACAAUUGAAGUACAAAGUUGCAACAAGCACUGACAGUAAAGAGUAUUAUUUAAAACAACUUGGUAAUUCAUCUGGCAUGUUUGAAAGAGAACGAGAUCCUGUUAUCGAUGACACCCCAUUAAAUGUUAAUGAAACGUCUACGGAAAGUGAACCACCUAUGGUACCAUGUACAUUAGAACGUCAUGCCAGUGAACCGGAUGAGGCGCCUGAGGAUAAUGAACAAGAAGAAGAAAAUAAUCAGACUGUUCCAGACAAUCAAACUUUGAUACGACUGUUAGAGGAGCACGAGAAGAUAAGUCACAUGUUCAGAUGUGCCAGAAUUCAAGGUUUAGAUACGACUGAAGGUUUACUGUUAUUUGGAAAAGAACACUUCUAUGUAGUUGAUGGGUUCACAUUGUUAAAAUCCAGAGAAAUAAGAGAUAUCGAAAGCUUACCCGAUGCUUACGAACCAAUUUUACCAUCGCCAGGUUCUCCUAGAAGAUCUAGAGCCAUGAGGCAGUGUUCGAAAUUCAACUAUGAAGAUAUCAGGGAAGUCCAUAAAAGAAGGUAUUUAUUACAACCUAUGGCGUUGGAAGUAUUUAGCGGAGAUGGUAGGAAUUAUUUAUUAGCAUUCCCACGAAAAGUAAGAAACAAAGUGUAUCAAAGAUUUAUGACAUUUGCGACGGCAAUCGCUGACAGUGCUCAGCAAUCUGUUGCCGGUCAGAAAAGAACGGCAAAUGUGGAACAGGCUACUGGCCUGCUUUCAAAUCUAAUUGGAGAAACUUCAGUUACUCAGCGAUGGGUGAGAGGAGAGAUUUCAAACUUUCAGUAUUUGAUGCAUCUUAAUACUUUAGCUGGUCGCAGCUAUAACGAUUUGAUGCAAUACCCAAUAUUCCCAUGGAUUUUGGCUGACUAUGAUAGCGAAGAAUUGGAUCUCACUGAUCCAGAUACAUUUAGAGACUUUAGUAAACCUAUGGGUGCACAGAGCCCAGAAAGAUUAUUACAAUUCAAGAAAAGAUACAAAGAGUGGGAUGAUCCACAUGGAGAAACUCCUCCUUAUCAUUACGGAACCCAUUAUUCUUCUGCAAUGAUAGUAUGUUCUUACUUGGUAAGGAUGGAACCGUUCACGCAACAUUUUCUCCGGUUACAGGGUGGACAUUUUGAUCUGGCGGAUAGAAUGUUUAAUAGUAUAAAAGAAGCUUGGCUCUCAGCAUCUAAACACAAUAUGGCUGAUGUCAAAGAACUUAUACCAGAAUUUUUUUAUCUUCCAGAGUUUCUUGUAAAUUCUAAUCACUUUGAUUUAGGUUCUAAACAAAGCGGUGUACAGUUGGGGGAUAUUGUACUUCCGCCAUGGGCAAAACAGGAUCCUAGAGAAUUUAUACGCGUGCAUCGCCUUGCUUUGGAAUGCGAUUAUGUAUCACAACAUCUGCAUCAAUGGAUUGACCUAAUAUUUGGCUGUAAACAAAAUGGGCCUGCUGCAGUUGAAGCAGUGAAUGUAUUUCAUCAUUUAUUCUAUGAAGGCAACGUUGAUAUUUACAAUAUUGAUGAUCCUCUAAAAAAGAAUGCUACUAUUGGAUUCAUCAACAACUUUGGUCAAAUACCGAAACAACUGUUUAAAAAACCACAUCCAGCGAAAAAGAUGACGCAAAGAACCAGCGUCAUCGACCCUGGACCUAUUACUCCUGGCUUAAGCAUUACCACAUCUGACAAAUUGUUCUUCCAUAACCUUGAUAAUCUGCAACCCUCGCUUCAACCUAUUAAAGAACUGAAGGGUCCUGUUGGACAAAUACUUCACAUUGAUAAAGCAGUAUUAGCUGUGGAACAAAAUAAAACGCUUAUUCCUCCAUCAUAUAACAAAUAUGUUGCAUGGGGUUUCGCAGAUCAUUCCCUCAGAAUAGGAAACUAUGACAGCGAUAAAGCAAUAUUUGUCUGUGAAGCUAUGAUACAAAGUAGCGGUGAAAUAGUAGCUUGCGUUUGUCCGUCUUCCAAAUCAAUAGUAACUGCUGGCACAAGCUCUGUUGUGACGGUUUGGGAAUAUACCAAGAGACAACUUUCUAUUAAACAAUGUUUGUACGGUCACACCGAUGCUGUUACGUGUUUAUCAUCAAGUCCAGCAUACAAUGUGAUUGUAUCAGGAUCUCGCGACGGUACGGCAAUCAUAUGGGACUUGUCUCGAUGUUUGUUUGUUCGUCAACUUAGAGGACACGCAGGACCGGUAGCUGCAGUAGCCAUAAAUGAAUUGACGGGAGAUAUAGCAACGUGUGCAGCCACAUGGCUACACGUAUGGAGCAUCAAUGGAGAGGAACUAGCAAGUGUCAACACGUGUGUUGGUCGUGCAGAUAGAAUGCAGCAAAUUUUAUGCGUUGCUUUCAGUCAAACCCACGAAUGGGAUUCGCAAAACGUUAUUAUGACAGGAUCGACGGACGGUGUAGCUCGUAUGUGGUCGAUGGAUUAUGUACAAGUGCCUGCAGAAGAAGAAAAGCCAGAGGAAGUUUCUGUUACCAAAGAGAAGAAUACCAAGAUAAAUACAAACGACGAUCAAAAUGAGGAUACUAAAAAACGGGUACAUGAAUUAGUUAAACAAAUGAGUAUUUCUGCCGAAGGAUCAAGUAUGCUUGCAAAGAGCGGCUCCGAGAGUAGUCUAUCGGAAGCGGAGAAUUCGAAGGAAGCGUCGAGAUUGCACGAAGAGAAAGAAGAAUGUUCGGACAACGAGUCGAGCAACGGUUCGAGCAAUAAACCAUCGCCGCAAAACAACAACACGCCUACGGUCGUGCUUCGAAGGAAAAGUCGAGGAAAUCCGAUGUUUCGGAAAAGCGAGGGCGGUGGACGCGCGGACAGCGAGGGUACACAAACGAGUGAGUUAUCCAGCAAUGCUGGAGAUUCCGAGGGAGCUCUGCGAGCUAGUAAAAGUGAUACUAGUUUAACGGAUAGCUUCGUCAUGGUUACCGAAGCUGAUACGAAACCUAAGAAAAUUAAUCCACAGAAUAUUUUGAGAGACGGUUUUAAGUGGCAACGACAGUUAGUGUUUAGAAGCAAAUUAACGAUGCAUACUGCGUAUGAUCGCAAAGAUAAUGCGGAACCGGCAUCUAUAACGGCUCUAGCAGUAUCAAGGGAUCAUAGGACAGUAUAUGUUGGAGAUACAAGAGGAAGAGUGUUUUCAUGGAGUGUCUGCGAACAACCAGGACGUACAGUGGCUGAUCACUGGUUAAAAGAUGAAGGAGCUGACUGUUGUGUUGGUUGCGGUGUUAGAUUCAAUCUUUAUGAGAGGAGACAUCACUGUCGUAACUGUGGACAGGUGUUCUGUUCAAAGUGCAGUCGAUUCGAGUCGAAAAUAUCGAGGCUUGGAAUUUUCAAACCUGUUAGAGUUUGUCAAGGUUGUUACUCGUCAUUACGCUCCCAGCAUUCUGCUGAGAGCAGCACUUAAAUAUAACAGUCUGUUGUACGGUUUCGUGUAAGUUAUUGGUUCUAGAAGAGGUACAGAAUGUACAUAAUCACGAAGUACCUCUUUGUGUCUCUGUUUCGAAUUGUUGUGCAAGAGAAAUGAAACUGUGCAUUUCAUUUUUUGUUCGUAUCUUCUGUUAUGACACUCUUGCAUUUCUAAGAGAAAGGCAGGAAAACUGAUCGCUGCAUUUCAAUUUUUCGUAUGAUCAAAUAGAAUUGAAAUUAUUUCAAUUUCUUUUUAUUUAUAUAAUUGAUUUAUGAACCUUGCAAUACAUUUCUGUCGAUGUUAUAACGUUGCAUAUGUAUACUUUUUACUAUUCUAAUAAACUAGGAUUUCCUAGAAAGAAUCGGCCUGGUUCACUUUAUCGACAGGUUUGUAUUGGACGGAUAUCAGUAUUGUGGAAAUUGACGUGACAAUGAAAGUCUACAAAGCACACAUUGCGAAACACGAACACGUUCUUCGUUUUUGAAUUUCCAAUCGUUUCUGAUACUUUUCUACGUCGUGUAUGUUUAUACUUUAUACUUGUCGAAGAACAACGUGUACAGUCAGAUUUUAUGUUAUAUAUUUAAUUCAUUUCUUUUUUUAACGAUGAAAUCAUGUAUAAUAUCGAUAUUUAAUGUGCGUGAUCUGUGAUUCUUUUCUUUCCUAUUUUAAUUUAAUGAAUUUAAGAUAAAUAAAUUUUGAACGUUGUUAUUAAUAACUACGUAGAACGCUAUGUACUAUUUAUGCGAUUAAUUUCCCUGUCACAAUGCUUAUAUCGUUUCUUACAUUGAUUAUAUUAAACAAUUAUUUUAAAUUAUUAGUAGAAAAAUGAUACCAGAUGUCAAUAUUGUUAAUGGAAAAAUAUAAGAUUCAGUAUCUUGAAAUUUACCAAAAAUUAUAACUGCACCGAGUAUUGUUCGCACUGUUCUCUUCUACUUUAUAUUUUACUUGUAAUUACAAUUGAAUAAAAUGUUAAUUUAUUUGUUUCUUUAUAAAAUAAAUAUGUUCUGUACAUAACACAGUGAUAAUACUCGGUGUGAACUAUUAUAAGAAUUGUCAGUGGUACGUAAUUUAUUACUGUACCAUGAAAAGCAGGUCUUUUAUUUUUCCAUUGCAUAGAAUUGAAAUAUUUAUAGUCUUGAAAUUCAAGAAUAUAUAUGUUAUGAUCUAAAGAAAAAGAAAAAAAGAGAUAUGCAAUUGCAAUGCACCCUUUGUGACCGCUGCCUCUACAGGUAUAUACAUAUAUAUAUAUACAUAUAUAUAUAUAAUAACUUGUAACUUUAUAAUAGACAAUACCAUAAUUAUGUAAAAGUGUUAUUAACUGUAAGAUGGUUAAAUGGAAACCAUAGACUCUAAAACCAGCAGUAAUGUUAUAAGCAAUGUCAUAAAUGUGGAAUACGCUCGUUUGUUCACAAAUUAUAUAUCGUGAUCGUAUCUGUAAAAUUAAUAGUAACACAACAGAGGUAAAUUAAAAACGUGCUCUUGGAUAAGCGUUUUAUAGAAUUUUGAAAUGGUACAGAAUCGUGAAAGCAACAUAUUUCUGGGGAAAAAAAUUAAAUUUAUCUAAAGGCUAACAAGAAUCCAUGAGCAGGCGAAAUAUACAAAAAUUUGUAUAAAUAAGACAACCGCGGUAUUUAAAGAGAAAAAAAGUUGUCUCCUUGUAUGAAUAACGAAUUCUACCAUUUGUAUUCUAUCGACGAUACACUUCCAUUUUUCUAAAGGCACAAAUUUUAUAAGGAACAAGAAUAAGAGAUAGUGCGACGAUUAAAUAUUGUGAAUGAGGAGGACACAACUUAAAUACGUCAAAUAUUGUUUUAAUGUGGUACAACAGAGUACUACCAUGACUAGUCAAAUAUAAUUACAAGCACAAUGUUAACGAGCAUCCUUUCAAAAAGGAUGCAUUUGGUACGAGGUUCAAAAAUAGAUGCUGGAAAUGGUGUGCAUGAGCUUUAACACUUGAAACUCUUAAUUAUGCAAUCACAUAAAAAGAGUUAUCAAAUAAUAUCUUAUGCAAGUAAUAUCUGUGUGUCAUUAUUAAAUGCCAGUUCUAAUAAAACAUUGCCAUUUA